AUGCAUCGUUUUUUUGCUGAGCUGGAGCCAUCUUUAACCGUCACAGAGCAAAACCUGGCAGACCGAGUUCGGUAUAUCUUGCGCUCAAAUAUAUUUGAUGUCGCCGAACUCGAACGGCUGCGACGUGAGGCUGUUCCCUCGUCGGAUGAGAAUGCUACGGCUGAGGAUGCGGCGUCACAAAUGGUAGAGCAACCCGCAAACGUGAAUACCCCAGUUGUGGUUGAUUCAAACGAUGAUGGAACAGUCGCCCAGGAACUGGAAUUAGAGCAUAUGAGGAGUACAUUGGAAGAGGCGAUUGUGGAAACGCGCAGUACGCCUCUCGAAAAUCGACCGCGACUUCCCCGCUUAGCCCUAAGCAAGCGGAAUCGGGCUGUCGUGAGGGCUCUGAACCCAAUGCUGGUUACCUAUUUGGAAGCCAGCCGGGACCUUUGCGAGACGGACUCAAUUCCUUUUGGCGCCGCGCUGGCAGUCUGCCGUAUCAUAGGCGCCAAGGUUUCCACGGCUGGACGUGCUACUGGCCAUAGUAGCGCUAUCCCAGCACGGAGAAGAAGAAUUGAGGAACGUAUCAAAGUAACGUAA